AAACAACAACAACAACAACAACACGUACAACAACAACAACACUAUCCAUGAUUGAUGGAAAGCGACCAAGAAGUCCCAGAAAAUGAUUCACAUGUGGUUAAAAGGGUUAAAAGUAACUCUUUUGAUGGAGAAAGUAAUUUAGAAGAAGUAAUAGUAGCUUUCAACGAUUUCAAAGGAGUUGGAGACAAUCAGAUAUCCUUUAAGAAGGGUGAUGAACUCCACAUACUCCAGAAAACCACAGACACUUGGUGGUGGGCAGAGUUGGCUGGUUGCUAUGGUUAUGUGCCUGUCAAUCAUCUGAAACCUGAAAAACAUGCAAUAUGGCAGGACGAGGAGUACUUUGGUAACUAUAGUAACUUGAAACUCCACCAUGAGAUGUUGAGUGACAGACCAAGAACUCUAGCCUACAUGAGAGCUAUAAUGAGUAACAGCAUGUUCCUCACAGGGAAGGUAAUCCUAGAUGUAGGAUGUGGAACUGGUAUAAUCAGUAUGAUGUGUGCCAGACAUGCAGAUCCUAAAAUGAUUUAUGCAGUAGAAGCCAGUGAUAUAGCUGUGUAUGCAAGAGAAGUCAUAGAGCAGAACAAAAUGUCAGAACAAAUCAAACUUCUCCAUGGUUAUGCUGAGAAUAUAGAACUCCCAGAAAAAGUUCACCUCAUUAUAUCUGAGUGGAUGGGGACUAUGCUCUUGUUUGAGAUGAUGAUAGAAUCAGUGAUACUGAUGAGGGAUAGGUAUCUACAAGAAGACGGUGUUUUAUGGCCAUCAACUGCCAGCCUCUUUCUGGUGCCAUGUUCAGCACAUGAUCAGUAUACUAGUAAAGUGGACUUCUGGGAUAACCAGUUUGGGUUUGAUUUCUCAUGUCUGAAGCCGGUAGCUAAAGAAGAUCUUCUAUGUAAACCCUUGCAUGAUUAUAUCCUGCCACAGGACGAUUGCCUUAGUGAGGAAGUGAAGUUGUUUCAGCUGGACAUGAAAACUGUUACUGUGCAAUAUCUCGAAGAAAUUAUCUCUCAUUUCAACUUUUGUAUAAGGAAAGCUGGAACUCUGCAUGGAUUUUGUGCAUGGUUUGAAGUAGGUUUUGAUCCUUACAGUCCAAAUGGAGAACAAGUGUUACUCAAUACAGGACCAUCUCAUGAAUUAACGCACUGGAAACAGGACCUGUUUUUACUGGAUGAGCCUGUACAUGUGAAAGAAGAUGACCAAAUUGUUGGCAGUGUAGUAUUAACAAGAAAUCCAGACUACAGAAGACACCUUAGAGCAGAAUAUCAGUUUACAGUUAUCUCAGGUGAUAAAACAGUAUCUGAACACAGGAAGAAAUUCUUCAUAUGGAGAUGAGUUAGUUAUUGAGAACUGUGCAAUAGGAUUUUUCAUUUUAUCUCGGGCAGCAUUUAAAGAACAUGUACACAGAAUGCUCACAUGUAUAUAAAAACACAUUGCUUCAGUGUUUAUUUUUACAGUUUAUGUGAAAUAUACCAUGUUAUACCUGUUUACAUUGUAUCUGUAUGUAUGACCUAUGGUAUUGUUGAUGGCUGUGGCUAAUGGACACUUUAUGUAAAACUGGCAAUCUUCAAGCAGUUGGUAUUCUAAAAGUUAAAAGUUGUAAUAUGAUCUUCUAGUAUUAUACUUCAGUAAUAAUCAUCAAAAACACUGUAACAGGUCAACAACAGUGUAUUCAGUUAAGUUUUUUUUCUUCUGCUAAUAUUUCAGCAAUUCAGUUCAGAUUUACCUUGACUAGAAGUAUGUUAUUUUAAAAUGUUACCAUGUAUUGUUGCAUUUAAUAGAUUUAAUUAACUGUCACCAUAUUUAUACUCAAAACAAUAAUACCCAAUAUAAUAAAAAGUAGAAAACAUA